AUCCAGGAGUCUAGAAUCUGCAUUCUUAGAAAAAAUGGUUCCUUAGAAAAAGGGUUCUUUGAGUGGUUAAUUGUUCUAUCUUUGUUCUAUGGGAUCUACUUUAAAUCUUUUCUGAAAGAGAACCCGUUUGUUGUAGGGAUCCAGACAGAGCCAUUACAGGUUUCCUCCAGAGAACGCUUUAAGGUCCUGUGCUUAUAGAAAAGAACCCUUAAAGAGCACUUUGUAUAAUUUUAAGUCCCCAUGAAAUGGCUUCUUAGCUGUGAUUCGAUUCCAUAUGUAGACGUAUUUCCCUUUGAAACAGGAAGUCAGAGCGACGGCGUGCUGAAGAGCUUUACUGAGUUUUGAAGUUUGAGAGACGCCACACCGCUGCUGAAUCUAAACAAACCUGACAUUAGCUUAGUGAGCUAGCUGAAUAUGGAGAACAGUGAGAAGAGAUUAACAAGAGAUUAACUUUUACUUACAAAAGAACACCAACCAACUCAACUAAGUGAUGGUUGGAAACUAGACUAUUACAGCCAAAAACACUCAGACGAACCAUCUUUACUGCUAACGAGCUACUACUGUAGAGCAAGACCCACCUGGGAUCUCAUAUACGACUCUAUAGAGCAUUUCAUUGGACAAUUAUGAAGCUGCGUCUAGUUAUGAAUCAACUAUUUGCUAGUUUACCCAAAACUGGAGAAUUAUAAAAUGAGAAACUUUUUUUUUUUUUUUUUUCAGAUAUACUAUACUAUAUACUGAAACAGCCAUUGUGAUUUCAGGGACACUUUAAGGCAGCGGUCUUCAAUCUUAUCCGCAAAGAGUCAGUGUGGCUGUAGGCUUUCAUUACAGCCAAAUUGGCGGCACACUUGACAGUCGAUUGGAGAUCAAGAUGAACUGAUUAAACAAGUGAAAUCAGAUGUAAUGUAACCACACCAACCCUUUCUGAAUCAUAUUGAAGACCCUUGCUUUAAGGGCUCUUUGGUUUCUUCUUGGAAUCCUUUAACCCAAGAAACACUCAAUCGUAGCGUUCCACAUUAAAAGUUUUCCCCAAAUAGAAAACUGAAGAACAGUUAAGGAUUCUACAUUUAACACAGAUAAAACUUUAUGUUUAUUGGUAAAUUGCUGAAGUAUAAGAGGAACACUAAUGUACUAAUGCACCUAUUUAAAAAAAUUCAUGUGCAUGUGCACCUAUUUAAAAAAAUUCAUUUGGAGUGGUAGCGUAUUGUCCUUUUGGGAGGACAGUUAAAGAUUUUGUAUAGAUUUUAUAUAAUGCAGAGUUUCCCCUAAUGGACAGGGUUCCAAGAAGAACCUCUUUAGAAAGCUAGAAUGUACUGCAAGUGAAUACAACAACAAAAAAAAGCAUCCUGAUUGGUCAAUACAGCUGGACCAUGUUGGAAAUAUUUUUGCUGAGUACAGAGCCUGGGAUGGUCACAAUGACAUUUGUUCUUCAUAUUUAUUUAAUCUUAGUGCUAGCUAUCAGGAUGUAAAGACGGUUUCGCCGGUGUAUUCUUUAAGAAAAUCAUUUACAGCAGCUUUAAUCCCCUCCCCCGCUCACUCACAGCUUUCCUCAUUCUGUAUGCAUGGGAUUAAGGAUAGACAGGGAUCACACUCUGUCCUAACACAACUCUAAAUCUGCUCCUGACUGGAAAAGGACGCGAGCGAGAAGAGGACGUAGAGAGAGAAUUAUUUCUUCUAAAGUGCUGAUGAAGACAUGAAAUACUGUGUGGCGUGGCAGAUGUGAAAUCCAGACUCCAGAUCUCUGGACAAUGAAGCCAGCUAUGGAGAACGGAGCCAAAGUGCUGCUGAAUGUAGAAGAAGGGGAUCUCGUGCAGAUCUUGUCUCACGUGGUCAAAGAAGUGAAGGACUCCAUUGGCAAGGACAUAAACGGGACUGAACUUCUGCACAGUCUCCUGAACACUCCAUGGCUACAGUCUUUACUCAAGGUUUAUGAGUGUUUGCAGCAAUAUCUGAGGAACUCGGCUACCCCGUAUCUCUCCUACGCCUCUGGGCUCUCACUUGAGAUUCUGUCAGAUUUGAGAGCUCUGCCGUAUCCAUCCUAUGAGGCCAGAGAACUUUAUUGCCUUCUCAUGGAGCCCCACAUGCAGGCUCUGCUCUCAGCCCAUGAUGUCGUGGGACUGAAGGACUACGAGCCUGUAUUGCCUCCACUGCCUGAAGACCUGGCCAACAAUGAGGAGGCCAUGAGGAUCGUCUGCAUGGUCAAGAACAACCAACCUCUAGGAGCGACUAUACGGAGAGAUGAAAUGACGGGAGAGAUCUACGUGGCUCGAAUUAUUCAUGGAGGAUUGGCUGACCGCAGUGGUCUCUUGCAUGCCGGAGACAGACUGGUGGAGGUGAACGGACAUCCUGUGUUUGGACUGGAACCAGAGCAGAUAAUAAAAAUACUGGCUCAUUCACACGGAACAGUUAUGUUUAAAGUAGUCCCGAUUACUGACAGACCCGUCAACAACAAGACCAUGUUGUUUGUGCGAGCCAUGGUGGACUACAACCCCCACCAGGACCCUGGCAUCCCGUGUGUGGACGCUGGCAUGGCCUUCAGGAAGGGCAACCUGCUGGAGAUAGUGGACCAGACAGACGCCCUCUGGUGGCAGGCGAAGAAACUGCCGUGCAGCUCAACGUGUGCUGGCCUCGUCCCCUCCGCCUGCAUGCUCAAGAGGAAGCUGAAAGAAUUCUGGUGGUCGCAGCCCCACACCUGGAACAAAAUCUUGAGCACAGUGGAUGAAGAGGAUGACAUGAUGGCUAUAGAUGUGUCUAUUGUAGAAACAGAUGAGGAAGCUUUUGAAUCUGAGGAACUAAAGGAGGAUGAGAGCGAGUUUAGCGCUAGCAUUGAUGGCAUCUAUAUCGCCGGGUUCCGGAGGAGUCUGCGUGUGUGUCGUCGGCGUAGGGUUCAGGGUGGAGGUUCAGGCCUGAUCCGUGCCCCGUGCUGCCCCAGCUCCCUCGCCAGCCCAUAUGAGGAGGUGGUGCGAUACCAGCGUCACCCAGAGGACACACACCGCCUCAUCGCCCUGCUGGGUCCGUCUGGAGUCGGUGUGAACGAGCUACGCAGAAAACUGAUCGAGAUCAACCCGAGGAUCUUCCUGGGAGCCACACCACACACGACGAGGCCUCGGAAGAUGUACGAGGAACCCGGGCGGGAGUAUCACUUCAUCGGCAGGGAUCAGUUUGAGAACAUGGUGUACAACAACAGGUUGGUGGAGUACGGCGAGUUCAAGGGUCACCUCUACGGCACCAGCGUGGAUGCAGUGAAGGAUGUUCUGGCUGCUGGGAAGAUCUGCAUCAUUGAUAUUGAUCCAUAUGCCAUUGAGUCAGUACGGACUCAUGAGCUGAAAGCGUACAUCAUCUAUAUAAAACCUCCUCCUUUUGCCCAAAUGAAACGAACACGGCUCAAAGCCCAGGUGACUCAUUACUGCACCAGUCGACCGUUUAAGAAUGAGGACUUUUAUGAGAUCGAGGAGGCAGGCCGCAAGAUGGAGCAGCAUUACGGUCAGUUUUUUGAUCACGUGAUCGUGAACGACGGCCUGCAGGCGUCCUGUGUGCAGCUGAUGACGGCGGUGAGGAGAGCUCAGGAAGAGCCACAGUGGGUUCCUGCAUCGUGGAUCAGACCGACUGAGGAAAUCUGAAUGUGGACAUGACAUGUAGGGCUCAGUUUAGGGUUUUUACUGUUUUUAAGACAACUGAUUUAACUCAUAACAUCAAAACACUCAUGAGAUGGAUCAGAACUGGAGCAGAAACACUGUGUCUUGUUGUGAUGAAGUGCUUGAGCCCUGGAUGUGAGGCAUGUGAACGUACACUGUGUGAAUAGAUACUGUACAGUAAUAUGAUCAUUUCUUUCAUGAAAUUCACUUUAAAAAUGUUUUAUAUUCUGUGUGGUUAUUUUACUCAGGUCAGGAUAUGAAUGAACAGCCUAAUCUUUUUAUUUUCCUCAAAAUGUUAUUUGCACCUUUUUUUUGUUUCUUACAUUUUUAGCAUAAAUGAUGCAUCACAUUGUAACACUGUAUAAUAGGUACAUUUAUAAUUGCUGAAUUUUUGAAUCUCAGAUUGAACUACUGUAUCAUUUUACACACAUAUAAACAAAAUACAUACAUACAUACAUACGUACCGGCUAACCGGGUGUCCUUCCUUGGAGCACUUUUGGUUCUUUUAGGUCCUAACCACUGCAUACAGAGAACACCCCACAAGACCUGCUGUUUUGGA